AUGGACGAUGUCGCCGUCUUCUGCUCUGAUCCACCGUCAGUUUGCAGAUUGAUCAGCACUAGCUACCGGCAUGAGUUGGCAUCAGGGGCCAGAGUUAACCACGUGAAGAACAAGGCCAUGCUCUUUGGCAACUGGCCUGACCGAUCUAACAUCUCCUUUACCAUCAGGUCCAACUACCUGAAGCAGCUAGGGAUCUGGUUCGGAGGGGCCGAGGCAGGUAACAAGAAUUGGCAGGAGCAGAUUGGGAAGUUGCUUAAGCCCUUGGUGGAGAAGCGGAGACGAGAUCGGAUGAACCGCAGCUUGGAUCAGCUCAAAUCUUUCCUGCUGAAACACACCCACAGCGAGACUUUCCGGAAUGGUAAAAUGGAGAAGGCAGAAAUCUUAGAAAUGACAGUCCAGUAUCUGAUAAACGCGGCACUCCCAAAUUUCCAGGGGCAUGGUUCAGCAAUCCCACGGCUCAACUACCAGGCCGGCUUUCAGGAAUGCCUCCUGCAGGUGAACAACUUUGUCCAGACCUGUGCUUCCAUCAAUGCACAGGCCAGGAGCAGUCUGAUGGAGCGGCUGACCGACUUCGUGGACAAGUCAAGGUCAGAGAGCCGCAAGCUGGUCAACUGUGGGAGAGGUUAUAGCCGCCAGCCUCCAAGAGCAGCAGCGCCAGCUGCAGCGGUGUCUGACACCUGGUCCGGGCACUCCUCCACCUUGAGGCCAUUGGCCAUUGUACCAGGGGUCACCAGCAACCCCCACACACAGCAAGGCUCACGUCUCCUGGCAAGCCAGGGCACUCCCUUACAUCAGGCACCGAACCCAGUCAAUGUCCAAGCUGGGAACCAUGAACUCACACAGCAUGGCUGCACACACUUUGUGGAUUUCCCCCAGAAAGUAACGGUCUCACCAGACUCCAUCUGCGGGCAGCAGAGUUCCAGCAAAGUGACUGUACCACACAAUGUUUGGAGACCCUGGCCCUAG